UUCUUCUUUUAACUCUUAAACGAUAUAUGCAUUGGAAAAUUAUUUCAACAAGGCCGUAACAUCAAAAUUGUGCUCCACGGUAUUAAAAAAAAUUAAUUUUCAUAAAAAAUAAAUUUACUAUGAAAAGAACAACUCAACUUAUUAGAAAUUAAAAAUAAAACAUUACUGAAACAAAUUUAUAAUAAAUUUAAAGAUGUAUCACACCUAAUUGUUUAUUAAAUCCAAGUGUUAUUUUUACAUCAUCUGAAUAAAACAACUUCAUCACUAAAGUGACCAUAUUAUGUUUUUACCGGUAGAAUCAUGCUCAAUAUAAGAUAAAAUUACAUUUGCGAAUUUUCAUUAUAAAAUAAUCAUUAUAACACUUGGUAUGAACGAAAUUUUGAUUAAAUAAACAUCAAAUUACAAUAUCUCAAAUCUAAAGAUGAAUUUAUCCACAAGAAAUUUGUCGACAAGAGGGUUAUUUUUGAUAUCAAGACUCCAGUUAUUGAAUAUUAAUGGAGUAUCAUCUGUAUCAUCUUCAGAAAUUCAUAUUCCUAUGAGAAAAGAACGAGGUCCAACAGACAUUCUUCGUGCACUUGAGAAAACAAUAAAACGUGAUCCAACAGCUCCACAAUAUAAAUAUCAUGAUGACCCAUAUUUAAUUCCGAUUUCGAGCCGUCAAAAACGUGCUUAUGCAUUAGCUCAAGAAGCUGGACGAAAAGCAGCAAUGUGGAUAAGAGAACAACAUUCAAAUUUAUUUCAACAUAAAGUAGCAGAUCCUGUAAUUGAUAGUUUCCUACCAAAGGCUGUUUAUAAUGACGAAGCAAAAGUUUCAGAGGAAAUUUUGAAAAACGUUAUUAAAGAUGGCCACAUAUCAGACGCGUUAACAAUUUAUAAAUUAUUGCAAGAAAAUACAAGUAUUGAAACUAAGUGUGAACUUUUACAAUUAUUGUGUUUUUACAAUAAUGAAGAACCUCUGUCGGAAGAACUGAUCAAUGAAAGAUGGUUGAAAACCGUAUACCAACGUCCUACAUGGAGAAAUUGUCCGGAUACUGAUAAACUAUUCAUGUAUUUGAAAAAUCAAGAUAUAUUGAUUGCUACUGAAGCCUACAAUGCUAUGAUGUGUGGUUAUGCUAAAUUUUAUAAUGAACAAAAAGUUUGGCAAUUAUUUGAAGAAGCAAAAAAAAAGAAUCUUCCGUUAUCUGUAAAAGCAUAUAAUGCAUUAAUUUUAACUGUUCCUUUGGUGAGAGAUACAACAGAAGAACGAUAUAACUUACUAAUAGAACUUUUUCAAAAAAUGAAAAAUUAUAAAGUACAACCUGAUAUCGGUACUUUUAAUAGUGCUUUAAAAACUGCAGUAUCAAUAAGAAAUCGCACAGUUUCUGAAAAUUUAUGCCGUAGUUUAUUUGCUGAAUUUAAACAUCUUGGGAUAGAACCAUCAUUGGCUUCUUAUAAUUACGCUCUUCAAAUUUUUUACAGAAAAGACUCUCCGCGGAAUUCUUUGUUGAAUGAAAUUAUUACCAAAUUAGAAAACACAUCAUUCAUUAUACGUGACAAAUUUGAUUUAUAUUUCUUUAUGAAUGCAAUGGAAAUUGCAUCAACUAUUUUAGAGGACGCAGUUCUUGGUGAUAGAAUACAUAAAUUACUGAUGCAUGCUGAUAAUUACAACUUUAUUGGAGACAAUUUUAAGCAAAGCAUAUAUUAUCGACAUUAUUUAAUAUUACAAGUUAGAAAUCAAGCUCUAGAUGAGUUUGUUAAAAAUUAUUAUGACUUAAUAGUCCCUCAUAUUUACACAGCAGAGCCCAGCGUAAUGGAUGCUAUUUUAAACGCUGUUGAAGCUAACGAUGUUGAAGUGAGUAAGACUUUAUUACCUAAAUUUUGGACUCAUAUAGUUCAGUUUGACCAUUUGGAAAAACGGAGUUUAAUUGCGAAAGCAUUAAAUUUAAUGCGAACACAUUGUAAACCGGACAAAAAUUCUCCCAUCAAUAAAAUAUAUGCUGACGCUGGAUGGACAGUGUGGGAUUAUGUGAUGAAUCGACAAAUUCAAAGAAUUCAAGAGGUUACUUGGACAGCAACGAUUUUGUGUGAUAUUGCAAUAUUAUAUUAUCGAGCUGAUGAAAUUGAAAAAUGUGCUUCAAUUAUUGAAUAUUUAUUCGAUAAAAGACAACAAAUUAUUGGAGUUCCUGAAAAAUCACAAGUUGAAGAAUUAUUUAAAUCAUUCAUAACAGAUUGCCAUAUUGAACCAAUUGUGGAUCUUGUACAUUACUGUUCGGAAGUUGGUUAUGAAGAUACUACGUCAAUGAUAGUACAAGUUUUCAACAAUUUAUCUUUAAAUGAAUGGCAAACAAAUCGAUUGAAAGGUCUUGUAAAUCCAGAAACUAUACCCAAUGCUGUGUAGAAUUCUUAAACCGCGUAACUACCUUUACUAGAAUAUAAAAAAUUAUUAAUAAUUUUCUAAUUAUUGAAAAAUCAUUUCUUUUUUGUUAGAUUUGGAUAAAAAAACAAUUUUACUCAUAUAAGAAUAAAAUAUCACAGAAAUCAAACUUA